AUGUGUACGGACCACGGAUGGCGCACGGCCUACUCAUCCAUUGGAUCGCUGAUCCGAUCGACCGCACCUGCACCGGUACUGACCAGCCUGGCCCUGCGUCUGUGCGAUCGAUCAACCAACCAUCGAUCCUGGUGGGCGCACGCGCUAGGUCCUCCAGAUGUGCUAGUAGCCUCGAGGGUCAGUCUGGCCCGCGCCCCGUGCCCGACUGUCAACGGCCAGAGCGAUAUGGGCUUGGCUCGGGGCAAGUCCGUGCCUGUUGCCCAGCGUGGUGUGCUGUGUGCUGUAGUCUGGUGGAGUGUACCUAGUGGCCGCAAGCCGUAG